AUGGAUGAGGAAAACAUGACGAAAAGCGAGGAGCAGCAGCCUCUGAGUUUGCAAAAAGCCUUACAGCAGUGCGAGUUGGUCCAAAACAUGAUAGACCUGAGCAUCUCCAACCUGGAAGGGCUUAGGACCAAAUGUGCCACCUCCAACGACCUCACACAAAAAGAGAUCCGGACCCUGGAGAGCAAGCUGGUAAAGUACUUCAGCCGACAGCUGUCCUGCAAAAAGAAGGUGGCCCUGCAGGAGCGCAACGCCGAGCUGGAUGGCUUCCCCCAGCUUCGACACUGGUUCCGGAUCGUCGAUGUGCGGAAGGAAGUCCUGGAGGAAAUCACCCCCGGCCAGCUGAGUCUGGAGGACCUCUUGGAGAUGACAGAUGAGCAGGUGUGUGAGACCGUGGAGAAAUAUGGAGCCAACCGGGAGGAGUGUGCCCGUCUCAAUGCCUCCCUGUCCUGUCUCCGGAACGUCCAUAUGUCAGGAGGCAACCUUUCCAAACAAGACUGGACCAUCCAGUGGCCCACCACGGAAACGGGGAAGGAGAACAACCCUGUGUGCCCCCCGGAGCCCACCCCGUGGAUCCGCACCCACCUCUCCCAGAGCCCCAGGGUCCAGACCAAGUGUGUCCAGCACUACUGUCAUGCCAGCCCCUCACCCGGGGCCCCCGUGUACACUCACAUGGACAGGCUAACUGUGGAUGCCUACCCGGGUCUGUGCCCGCCACCGCCACUGGAAUCAGGCCACCGCUCCCUGCCCCCGUCGCCCCGGCAGCGGCACGCGGUCCGCACCCCGCCACGCACCCCCAAUAUCGUCACCACCGUGACCCCACCUGGCACACCACCCAUGAGGAGGAAGAACAAGCUGAAGCCCCCAGGGACCCCACCGCCCUCCUCCCGGAAGCUGAUCCACCUGAUUCCAGGUUUCACUGCCCUGCAUCGAAGCAAGUCCCACGAAUUCCAGCUGGGUCACCGUGUAGAUGAGGCCCACACUCCCAAAGCCAAGAAGAAAAGCAAACCCUUGAACCUCAAGAUUCACAGCAGCGUGGGCAGCUGUGAGAACAUUCCUUCUCAGCAGCGCUCCCCACUCCUGUCCGAGCGCUCCCUCCGCUCCUUCUUUGUGGGACACGCACCUUUCCUGCCCUCCACCCCUCCCGUCCACACUGAGGCCAACUUCUCUGCAAACACACUGUCCGUGCCGCGCUGGUCCCCACAGAUCCCUCGCAGAGACCUCGGCAACUCCAUCAAGCACAGGUUUUCCACCAAGUACUGGAUGUCUCAGACAUGCACAGUCUGUGGGAAAGGAAUGCUUUUUGGCCUCAAGUGUAAAAAUUGCAAGUUAAAGUGCCACAACAAAUGCACCAAAGAAGCCCCUCCCUGUCAUCUCCUGAUCAUCCACCGAGGGGAUCCAGCAAGGUUAGUCCGAACAGAGUCCGUCCCAUGUGACAUCAACAACCCUCUACGAAAGCCACCCCGGUAUUCGGACCUGCACAUCAGUCAGACGCUCCCCAAAACCAACAAAAUCAGCAAGGACCACAUCCCUGUCCCUUACCAGCCAGACUCUAGCAGCAAUCCCUCAUCCACCACGUCCUCCACACCCUCCUCGCCAGCACCCCCGCUCCCUCCCAGCGCCACACCGCCUUCUCCCCUGCACCCUUCCCCGCAGUGCAUGAGGCAGCAGAAGAACUUCAACCUGCCAGCAUCCCACUACUACAAAUACAAGCAGCAGUUCAUCUUCCCAGAUGUUGUGCCGGUGCCAGAGACGCCAACCCGGGCACCCCAGGUCAUCCUGCAUCCAGUGACCUCGAAUCCAAUCUUGGAAGGAAAUCCAUUACUUCAAAUUGAAGUGGAGCCAACCUCAGAGAAUGAAGAGGGCCACGAUGAGGCCGAGGAGUCAGAGGAUGAAUUUGAGGAGAUGAACCUGUCCCUGCUCUCAGCCAGGAGCUUCCCACGCAAGGCCAGCCAGACCAGCAUCUUCCUGCAGGAGUGGGACAUCCCUUUUGAGCAGCUGGAGAUCGGCGAGCUCAUUGGCAAGGGCCGCUUUGGGCAGGUGUACCAUGGCCGCUGGCAUGGCGAGGUGGCCAUCCGGCUGAUCGACAUCGAGAGGGACAACGAGGAACAGCUAAAGGCCUUCAAGCGAGAGGUGAUGGCCUACAGGCAGACGCGGCAUGAGAACGUGGUGCUCUUCAUGGGCGCCUGCAUGAGCCCACCUCACCUGGCCAUCAUCACCAGCCUCUGUAAGGGACGGACGCUCUAUUCUGUGGUGAGGGAUGCCAAAAUCGUCUUGGAUGUCAACAAAACGAGGCAGAUUGCCCAAGAAAUUGUGAAGGGCAUGGGCUACCUCCACGCAAAGGGGAUCCUUCACAAGGACCUCAAGUCAAAGAAUGUCUUCUAUGACAAUGGCAAAGUGGUGAUCACAGACUUCGGGCUCUUCAGCAUUUCUGGGGUGCUGCAGGCUGGCAGGAGGGAGGACAAGCUGCGCAUCCAGAAUGGCUGGCUGUGCCACCUGGCACCAGAGAUCAUCCGCCAGCUGUCUCCUGACACGGAAGAGGACAAGCUCCCCUUCUCCAAGCAUUCAGAUGUCUUUGCACUCGGCACAAUUUGGUAUGAACUCCAUGCCAGGGAGUGGCCUUUCAAGACCCAACCAGCAGAGGCAAUAAUCUGGCAAAUGGGCACAGGCAUGAAACCCAACCUCAGCCAGAUCGGCAUGGGAAAAGAAAUCUCGGACAUUCUUCUCUUUUGCUGGGCCUUUGAACAAGAAGAAAGACCUACAUUCACUAAGCUCAUGGACAUGCUGGAGAAACUGCCAAAGCGAAACCGCCGCCUUUCUCACCCUGGACAUUUCUGGAAGUCUGCAGAGUAG